AUGAAACCUGGAUCAAAACCAACAUUUUCUCAAGGAAUUCUUACGGCAAGGGUAACCAUCAUCGACUCGACCAUAAUUAAAUCAACUCAUGCGGCAUUGAUAAGUAGUUGGGUUGAUAAUAAGGAUCAUUAUAAUUGUAGGAAAAUUCCUUACGAUUUUUAUUUAUUGUUAAGAGCAAGUAGGGAUGGUUUCGAUUCUUCCACAUUUCAUUCUCGUUGUGAUUAUAGAAUUGGUACCGUGGUUUUAAUCAAGUUGAAAGGAAGUCAAGAAAUUCUUGGAGGUUUUAAUCCUUGUACUUGGCAACGAUCUUAUCUGGAUGAUCCUUGGACUCACCGUUCUUUAUCCGAUUAUCAAACCACGUCGAGUAGCUUCAUUUUUUCUUUUAAUAUGAAGGGAGGUUUAAGUGAUUAUAAAUUAAGUAAAGUUCAAUUUCCAAGCAAUGCUAUUUAUUGUUCCACGUCAAAUGGUCCUUGCUUUGGAAAUGGUGAUUUGUGGAUGACAGGAAAUUUUGGAAGUUCGAAACGAACAACUUAUAAAGAGGUCAUAACCGAGUCAUUUAAUUUUUUUGCGGAUGAUUAUGAAGUUUUUCAAUUGGUAAAAAAGUAA